CAGGAGCCGCUGCUCGGCGGCUGGCUGCUGAGCGCGCCGGAGACCGAGAUCGAGGGGCGCCCGGCCCUGGAGUGGGUCGCCGCGGCCGAGGCGGAGCUGGCGCGCCACCCGGAGGUUACCCUGCUGCGGCGCACCCAGUGCUUCGGGGUCUACGACCACAACUUCUUCGCCCUCAACGAGCGCGUCACCGACCAUCUGGCCGAGAGCGAGCGGCCGGAUCACCUGCCGCGCCAGCGGCUGUGGAAGCUGCGCGCCAGGCAGGUGGUCUACGCCACCGGCGCGAUCGAGCGGCCGCUGGUGUUCCGCGACAACGACCGUCCGGGGAUCAUGCUGGCCGGCGCCGCCCAGACCUACCUGCGGCGCUUCGGCGUGCGACCCGGCGACAAGGCGGUGGUCUUCACCAACAACGACGGCGGCUACGGCGCCGCCCUGGCGCUGCACGCGGCCGGCGGCCGGGUUGCCGCCGUGGUCGACCUGCGCGAGGAGCCGAGCGGCCCGCUGACGGAGCAGGCCCGGGCGGCCGGGCUGGACAUCUUCGCCGGCCACGCGGUGAUCGGCACCGACGGCGGCAAGCGCGUCACCGGCUGCCGCAUCGCCCCGCUCGACGAGAGCGGCACCCGCGUCUUCGGCGGCGGCACGCCGCUGGACUGCGACCUGCUGGUCUCCUCCGGCGGCUGGUCGCCGACGGUGCACCUCUUCGCCCAGGCCAAGGGCCAGCUCGUCUGGGACGCGGCCCAGGCCUGCUUCGUGCCCGGCGCGGCGACCCGUCCCGGCCAGCGCGUGGCCGGCGCCGCCAACGGCGCCUUCGAGCUGGCGCGCUGCCUGGAGCAGGGCCAUGCCGCCGGCCUGGAGGCCGCGGCCGAGGCCGGCUUCAAGGCCAAGGGGCGCAAGCCGGCGGCGCCGCGCGGCGAGGCGCCGGGCUUCCUGCCGGCCCGCUUCCUCUACCUGGUGCCCUCCGACACGCCGCUGGGCGAGGGCGGCAAGCACUUCGGCAAGACCGGUAACGUCAACGCCAUCGGCAUCGUCGCCGAACAGGUCGGCAAGCCGCUGCCCGAGGUCGGCGUGACCACCUUCCGCCUGCCCUACACGCCGGUCACCUUCGGCACCUUCGCCGGGCGCGAC